GUCAAAGGCUCAAAUAAUGUCCACUUUGUUUACUCCUCGCAUAUGUACAUGGGAAGAUCUGGACUAUACAAAUGCGGAGAAACUGUUAGAUGCAAAGACAACCAAUGGAACCAUAUACAAUCAUACAGGGGGCCUUCUAUAUAACUUACUGGGAACAGAAGGAGAAAUGAGGAUCAAAAUCACAACAGAUCUUUUCUACAAUCUGAUUCUGUUCUGUAGAAAGAACAAAUUCAGUCCAGAACAGCUCACUGCCCUCUUUACUAUAUUAAAAACACUACAUCUACUCUGUAUCUCAACACCAUACAACAACAUUGAGGAGUGUCAUCAACUGAUGAAAGAUUUCAUCAUAAAGCACAGUGUCUUCAGGCCACCAUACAGUAUAUGCUUAUUUAGUCUUCACCAAGUGAAGCUUACAACAGAGUACUUGCUAGAGACAUACUUUAAACACUACAAGAUGUACAAAUAUGCAUUCACCAAACGCGUCCUCCUUGAUUUAAGUAUAUCUUAUGAUAGAGAUGGAGAACAAAAGGAAGCAGAAGUGGACCCAAUUUCAUCACAAGAAGAGGCUGGAAAAAUAAAUACAGCUAAGAGUGAAGAAGAAAUUGAACAAAAAGAACAAGCUGAAACAACAGAAGAGGAAGCAACUAUUGUAGAAGAACCAGAUGAAAUUCCUGAUGACUUAAAACAACUUAAAGAUUUAAUAUCACAAACACUAACAGAACGACUUAAUGAAAUGAAAGUUACAGUUGAAAAAGAGCUCAGCAAGAGUGACAAAAGACUAACCGAUAGACUGAAUAUUCUGGAGGCAGAGACUGAUGGAGGAAAAGGUGGAAAGAAAAAGAAGUGAAUUUCAUAGACAUGAAUCAGUACACCAACACAUACUCCAACACAUACAUUGUGUACAUGUACUUGUAAUUCUCACAAUAAAAUUUUACAAUGGCCGAAAACUAAUAAUCCACGUACAUGCACAUGUACAUGUACAUGUAUCUCUAUCCUGUAGUACAUGUAGAUAUACAAUAUGUACAUGUACAUGUAGGUAUGCACUUGGGCCAAUUCUUAUUGCCUCUGCGCCUACAAUUAAGAUUGUCUCAUUGUUAUUAAAAGUAUA